UUAAUAACGUCAUGAAUCAAGCAAUAAAUGGCUGUUUAAGGGCUUUUAGAAAACAAAUAGUCCAGCUUUUAUGUUUGCGGUAUCUAGAGUUUCUCUCAUGUUUUUAAUUAUAUUUACAAUUUUUUUUGUCAUGAAAAGAAUCCCUUGUGAAUGUGAAUAGACAAAUGAGUGAUUUUCCUUCCAAGGAGCCAGACUUUCUUGUAAUCUUUUAAAGUGGUCUUGAGCAAUAGUUCUCCAGUUUUCCAGAAGGUCUUCCAAAAAUUUUCUUUUGACAUUUGCUGCUUUCUCAGUCAUUUUCACUCACUCAGUUCUUGUACCGGAUGAGCAUAAAAGGCUCCCGGUUGAACUCAAGGAUAGACCAGUGUUUUGUCCAUACAUAGCUAAUAACUUAGUUCAUCUAAUAAGAAAUAUUAGAUGAAAAUUUGGCAUAUCUCAGCAGUGUGUCCUUAAGAAUUUUCAGGAAAGUAGAAGACAAAAGAAGAAGUGACAGGGUUAGAAAAACUCCAUCAUCUCCAGCAGAUGAACAGUUUCUAAAAGUCAUGUCCUUGAGAAAGAGGAAAAGAUCCAGCAAAGACCUGACACAGAGAGACACAGAGAGAUGCAUCUGGCCCUUCAGUUCAUCCAUCUGCUCUUAAGGGAGGAAAACAUGCAGAAAAGGUGGAGACGUAACAUAAAGAGGUCAAACCAGCUCCGCUGUCCAUUCCUGAAUAAAUGUGUUAUAACGAAAAACAGCCGCCGGUCUUGUCAAGCCUGCCGCAUGCGCAAAUGUCAGGCCAGUGGCAUGCGCAAAGACAUGGUCAUGUCUGAUGAAAAGGUGCAGGAGAGGAGGGUCCAAAUCAAGAAGAAUAAGAUGCCUAACUCCCCAGUGGAGCUUUCAUUCCAACAAGAAAAACGUAUUCAGGAACUGCUCUUUGGUCACCGCAGCACAUUCGACUCAGCAUUUUCCUGCUUCAGCAGCUUCAGGCCUAUGGACCGAAACAUCCUUCCUGUGAAUACGCACAAGCAGACGGCAAGCAAGCUCUUUAACCCUCUGACCGAGUGCCCUAGAAACGCCUGCAGCACUGCGAGUAUAUCUACCACCGAGCCCACAUCAUCGCCAUCCGCCACCUCAUGCUCUUCAUCCUCCUCCUGUUUCCACAGUUCCAUUAAAAAACAAGAACACCACAUACGGAAUGGCGUCGAAAACAGAUGUGUUUUCACUGCUCUUCCGCAUGUGGCCGACCUCACCACUUACAUGAUCCAGAACGUCAUUAGCUUUUCCAAAAGUCUCCAAGACUUCCGGUCUCUUACCAUGGGAGACCAAAUAUCUCUGCUGAAGGGAGCCACGUUUGAAAUAAUGCAGAUCCGCUUCAACAUGGUGUUCAACUCAAAAACGAGCACAUGGGAAUGUGGCCAUAUUACAUACUGCAUAGAUGACGCUGUACGAGCGGGAUUUCAGCCAUGUCUGCUGGAGCCUCUGUUCAGAUUUCACCACACGCUGCGCACACUGGGCCUACAGGAGGAAGAAUACGUUCUCAUGCAAGCCAUGUCUCUGUUUUCUCCAGACCGUCCAGGCGUGCAGCACCACAGCUUGAUUGACAAAGUUCAUGAAAACCUGGCGCUGACGCUAAAAACCUGGAUUGACUGCAAGAGAACAAGUCCAGACAAACACCUGCUGUAUCCCAAAGUGAUAGCUUGCUUUACAGAGAUGAGAACAAUGACUGAGGAAUACAGCAAACAGAUUCUACAGAUCCAGGAUAUCCAGCCUGACACCAUCAGUCCUCUCAUAAUGGAGGUGGUCAGUAAAGGCUCCUAUAAUGACUUAUGAAGAAUGUGCUGUACGUGAGCAGCACAAGCACUGUUAAUGGGGACGCUUAAAUGAAAGUAUCCUAUUGUUAUUUUACAUGUGUCAAAAGAGUGAAGACUGGAUUCGGGAGACAGACACUAUCUCUACUUUUAAGAUUAGGCUUAAAACUUUUUUUUGCUAAAGCAUAUAAUUAGGGCUGGACCAGGUGACCCUGAAUCCUCCCUUAGUUAUGCUGCAAUAGACAUAGGCUGCCGGGGAUUCCCAUGAUGCAUUGAGUUUUUCCUUUCCAGUUACCUUUCUCACUCAAUGUGUUAAUACAGAGGUCCCCAACCUUUUUUGCGCCACGGACCAGUUUAUGCCCGACAAUAUUUUCAUGGACUGGCCUUUAAGGUGUCGUGGAUAAAUACAACAAAAUAAAAGUAGU